ACAAGUUUGAAAUUGUCGAACCGACAACGUACUACUCCACGAGAUAUGAUUCCACUGGCACGCUUUCGCGAGGGGUUCAUAAGCAUAUUGUAGAAUUUCACGACGAGCCCACCGCUUUGUAACUAGCCGUGGACAACGUCACCCGACCGACUAUGGCGUCCCGCACGCCUGAAAUGCCGCGAACCCUUUCCCAAACCCCUUUCCAAUGCAGAGUAUGCAAGAAACGAUAUGACCGAGCUGAUCAUCUGAAACGCCAUGUCAAAUCUCAUACUACAGAUAAACCUUUUGUUUGCGAAAAAUGCGGCAAGGGAUUCAUGAGAAUUGAAAUUCUCAGCAGGCAUAAUCAGAGCCAUAGCUCUGAGACCAAUGAUGACAAAGCUGGCGGUUGCUCAGGGGUUAUUGCACGUGCGUCGCAGGCAUGCAAGCGAUGUGCGGCGUCUAAGCUCAAAUGUGACGAUGAGAAACCCUGUCGAAGAUGCGUGCGGCGAAAUCAGAUCUGUCAAUGGUCCCCAAGGGAUGACACUUUUGCGACUCCACAAUCUCAUGUGAUCACCAUAGAGCAUGAGUCGCACUCUAUGAAACAGACUGGGGAAGAUCUCUUGGGCAACGCCGGAGCUAGGGUCCCUUCCCAUGAUUCGGAGGUGGCAUGCAUUGUUGAAGGAGAGAGUGCAAAUUCGCCCGAAACCGAAAGCUUUUGCCAAGGAUGGGAAGGAUUCAGUGCAUUCAACGCAUUUCCACUUAUGGGCCCCGGCCAGUGGAGCUCGCAUGACAGUAUGAGUAUCGACUUCGGGCUUACAGACCAAGAUUUGGAGUUACUAGACUCCCUUAAUAGACUGGUUCCGGCUCGACAAGCGCAAGACUAUCUAGAGCAACUUCCCCCGCAUGAUGCUCCGACUAAAAUGAAAUCUACUCGUCAGAUUAGCAAGGCUGAUUUACAAGAUUCCCCACUAUCGCAUUGGACUCCCCGCAAGGAAGACAAUGCGCACAUGGACCAACAGUAUUUGUCUUUGCCUCAGCAUCUCGACAAUCCGCAGUCACACGAUGUGCUAAAGUCACGAGACCGCACAAAUACUCUUUCAACUGAACGUCGGGAUGUAGCUUUCGCGCUCGUUGUCGAAAUCUGUCAAUGGAAAAACCUCGAUCGAAUCAUGCAAUGCUUUCCAAGCACGAGACUCUUAGAUAGCCUGAUGGGCAAUUUCUUUGUCCAACACAGAUCAGAGACUGAUGCUUGGAUUCACGAGCCAACCAUGGACCUUAAUCAAGAACGCCCUGAAAUGAUUCUUACGCUUGCCGCUGCAGGAGCAGUUCUUUCUAAAGUGGAGGCAAUCCAGAGACUUGGCUAUGCUAUGCUAGAGGUGGCUAGGCUCAAAGUCAAUAGCAUGUUUGAAGAUGACAACACCCUCACUCGCGAGUUGAAACAACAACAAAUUUAUACUCUCACUCUACAAAUUGGACUUUGGAGCGGCGACAACCGGCGCGUCGAAAUUGCCGAGAGCUGUUUCCAACCUAUUGUAACGAUGCUACGGCGAGCCUCACGCUUCAAACACGAAGUUUAUCCCAUUGUCGCCCCCUCUGCGACUGACGAUGACUCAACCGUUAACCGCAAAUGGCGUGCAUGGGUUGAGCAGGAAUCCUUCAAAAGGCUUGCUCACUACGUGUUUAUUCACGAUGCCCAAGCAUCUUCUUUGCGAUCUACAACCCCACUCAUAUCUCACAUAGAGUUCGAUCUCCCUCUCCCCUUCUCACGCAAACUCUGGGAUGCAAAGACCGCCGCUGAGUGGAAAGUCAUAUACAUUCAAGAGAUUCCUCAAAGUCCAUCUAUUUCAGUAUCUCUGUCCACUAUCUUGCAAGAUAUCACCACUUUGAGCAGUAUCCCUCGCCACGCUGACUUCAAACUAGCCGCCUUGGCAACCAUUCAUGGUAUAUCAAAUAUGAUAUCUGACCACAACCGUAUCCUUCGAGGCUCAGCCCGUCAAUGGAGCAUUGUGGUCGCAAAUUUAUGGCAGCAAGAGCUGAUCCAACUUCUGGAACAGUUUCGGCUCCUUGCCGUCGAACCUCUCAAGGAUUCUUUACCAGCCAUGUCUCUUAUUUAUCAGACAGUCUCACUUUCAUUAUACUUGCCACUUGGUAUCCUCGAAACCUUUUCGGGCAGGGAUGGCGAAGAGCGAUCGUCUGCCAUCUAUCAAUCGUUCAUUCAACAUAUAAGCCCAACCCAUCUGCGAAAAGCGAGCUGGCACGCUGGUCAGGUUCUACGUAUUGCAAGAUCCAUGCCUUCAGGAUCGCUUGUGGCUUCUCAGGCUGCUUGCGUGUACUUCAGUGCAUUGGCCUUGUGGUCACUUGCCACAGUGUUCUCGCUAAAUGGUAUGACUCCGGCGACUGAAAGCCGCGACACCGACGAAGUUUUCUUUUUGGACGGCGGGGAUGACGGCGAUAUACUACGUCGAUUCAUCGCUCUGGGUCAGGGAAGCCCUGUUCUCUCUUCCGUCGGCCAUUAUGUGCACUUACAAUCCCGAGCGGCAGUCAUGCGUCUCUUCCAGGAACUAUUCAGUUCAGAGCAUGGAUUAUAUGGAAUUAACCAACAAGGGAGGGCUCUCAGUCAUACCUUUGCCAUCCUGGGACUGAACGGCGAUGUAGGAGCGAAAGACGAGUAUAUCCAAUACUAGCAAAACAAUAAUCUCACGCUGUUUACAAUUCC